AUGGAUUUGAAACGAAUGGCCAAAAGGAAGCGAACCGGAAAGGAGAGCGAGGUCUUCGUUGAUGGAGUUCAAAUUCCUCCUGCGAAGAUCAUCAAGUCGAAAUACCGAAAGGGCUAUGUGCCGAUGAUAUUGCAACAUGAUAUUGAUUCGCCUCCUCUUUCUCUCUUUGUGGACUUAUCUCGCCAUGGCAAUGCAAUCACCAAAGGCGCGAAUUUCGAGCUGAUGCAACGCUUGAGCUCAAUUGUACCAUGGAAAAAACUUCACCACUCUCCAAACUUUCAUGGCGGCUCCCGUACAUCGGCAACUCUGAGUAUUCUCAUGCCAGAAAUGGAGCAAGGCCAACAUGAUGUCUUGUCAACAAAUUUGAGUAUUUUGAAAUCAGGGCUCAGAGAUCAUUUGAGUGUGGUACUCUACCUUAUUUCAAAUAAUUUGACCUCACGCGAUCCGGACGAUUUGCUUGUAGAGAAGCUGGAACGUGAUGACGAACUCAUCCUGAAACUGCUCAAAGAUACUGGCUGGGAUGAUCUGAGGCAUCUCAAGGUUCUUCUAUCAACUCGUGAGCCCACUGCCGAGUCUAUCAUAGAGAAGUUACUGGUUGAGGUGGUAAAUAAAGAUGGGGAAGCCUUCCUACCCCCUUUGCAAUUUGCUGCUCAUGAGGAAGGAAGUGUUCGUCUUAUCAAUCUUCUGAUCAAAUACGGUGCUGAUGUGAAUUUCUCCAUCAAUGGAAAUGGUGAGACUGCUCUAUAUUUUGCCAUCAACGAACGAAACAAUCCGGCCGUACGUGCACUUUUGCUUCAAGGUGCGACAGUGACAUGGAGAUGUGCUCGUUUAGCUGCCGCUGUGAAGUCUGCAGAAAAGCUUGAAUUCAGUCUGAUUGAGGAUAGCCCGGUUGAGGAUAUGAUAGAUCUCUACCUCGAGCAAGAUCUGAAUACGGAGCGCGAUGACCCGGAAAUACUUGUUCCAGCCGUGGAGAUGGGAAAUAUGCGGGUGACCGAACUCUUUCUAGCCAGAGCUGCUAGAGUGAAUGGAAUGACGUCGCAAUUCCUCUCGAAAGAACGUGCCUCAUCACGGACUACCUAA